AAAACGCAAUCAUCUAACCCUUCUACGUGGGAUGCGGCAGCUGGUCACCAAGUCUCCCCUUAUCUCUCUUUUCCUGGCAGAGCAUGGCAUAGUUUGAACUGCUUUAAACCUCAGUUCCUUUCAGAGUCUCUGGUUACAAGUCCUUGGAGCAUGCAUGACUGCACAACAGAGUUCGGUGAUUGCUGUUAAUGUCUGCUUGCUUGCUGAUAAUUUCUUACUACUGUCACAGUCAUUGCCCUUAACCUCACAGCCACCCUCCCCCCACAAUACAUUUCUAAAUCAAGCCCAAAGUGUCCUGACACUGGCACCUCUUCCCACCUUUUAAAUGGAGGUGGGGGUAGAACACGCUUUAGAAAAUCCCUUGAGACUCAUUUUGGAAGGUUAAGGUAGAUAUUUAUUCUGAGUUUAACAAAUUAAAGGACAAUGGCCAUGUACCACAGACACCCUAGAUAGUGUCUUUCUCUCUGAAUCCCCCACGGGGCUGAGGCAGACAAUAGCUCUCCUGUGGAUCAGCGAGAACAGAGUGCUGGGCGGGCCAGGGAUCUACGCACCAGGAGGGGGCGGGCGGGCUCCAAGCAGCUGAUGUGGCUCAGAGCCCGGUCCAGGCUUGGGGACUGCUUGGCGACACCAAGGCGCCACCAGCAGCCUCACCAGACGACCUCGCGCCCGCCCCGUAGACAGGUGCUCAGAAAAUCAUAGAACUGGGCGAAGGAGUGUCAGAAACCUUCUCAAAGCAGUUGUUGCUAAAGUUCUCUAAGAGUUCCUUGCGGGCCGGGGCCUGAGCUUUGUGGUCAACACCAUGGACAGCGCUCGCGAACCGACUCCGGAGCGCUUGGACGCCGCGGGCUUCUGGCAGGUCUGGCAGCGCUUUGAUGCAGAUGAAAAAGGUUAUAUAGAAGAGACGGAGCUUGAUGCUUUCUUGUACCACUUGUUGGCAAAAUCGAAUACUGAUGAAGCAGUCAUGGAAGAAAAUGCACAGAAGGUGAAACAGCAGUUUAUGGCUACCCACUGUGUCGCUAAAGAUGGCCGCAUACAGAUGCAAGAGCUUGCCAGCCUGUUCUUAUCUGAAGAUGAAAAUUUUCUCCUGUUCUUUCGCCAAGAAUCCCCCUUGGACAGCAGCGUAGAGUUUAUGCAGAUUUGGCGUAAAUAUGAUGCUGACAGCAGUGGCUUUAUAUCAGCUGCCGAGCUUCGUAACUUCCUCCGAGAUCUGUUCCUUCACCAGGAAAAGGCCAUUUCUGAGGUCAAGCUGGAAGAAUAUACCGGUACUAUGAUGAAGAUCUUUGACAAAAAUAAGGAUGGUCGGUUGGAUCUUAACGACUUGGCAAGGAUUCUGGCUCUUCAGGAAAACUUCCUUCUUCAAUUUAAAAUGGAUGCUUGUUCCACUGAAGAAAGAAAGAGGGACUUUGAGAAAAUUUUUGCCCAUUAUGAUGUUAGUAAAACUGGAGCGCUGGAAGGCCCUGAAGUUGAUGGGUUUGUCAAAGACAUGAUGGAGCUUGUACAGCCCAGCAUCCGUGGGGUGGACCUUGAUAAGUUCCGAGAGAUUCUUUUGCGUCACUGCGAUGUGAACAAGGAUGGAAAAAUUCAGAAGUCCGAGCUGGCCUUGUGUCUUGGGCUGAAAGUCAACUCAUAAUCCCCUGACCAAUUUGCUUUUUGCUCUUAAUUGAUUUCUUGCUCCUGCUGGUAAAAUUGUACCUGUGCUUUGUUGUUGGGGACACAGUGGGCAAAUUUUCUAACAAAUGCUCUGAUAUUCUUGGAUGGCUGGAGGGGUCCUACCACCUUCUUCCUAAAGUCAUGGUGAUUUCUUGCCUCACCCGAAGUCCCCCACUGUCUUUCUUAUGUUACCUGUUGACUCUAGGCUUACCAACCCCCACCCAUGGCUGUACCCCCCAGACUAAUCUAACCUUUCAGAUCUGCUUUUCUUGUCCUUCCCUGGUCACCUGCGUGGCAGUGACAGCUGAUUCCAUCCAUCUGAUGCUUCUUGUGGACUUUCUGCUGAAUCUGAAUGGUGUGUGCCAUUGUAGCAGUCCUGUGACUUCUAGAAAUUGAUCUUGGUGUGGAAAUAAACCUGCUGCUGGGAACAAAGAUACACUGGCAAUGGUUUUUGUGUUGCAG